GUUAAAACACAUCUUAUAGUGAGGCUGCGUGGGGGGUUAUAUUGAGGGGAACCCCCCGCCGCUCCUCGUUCCGCCAUGGAUGACUCGGGGAUAAUCCGGCGACGGAGGCUGCAGAAGGAUUUGCCCCUGCCUCGCAAGAACAGCAGUUGCCGUACAAGCAACAGGAAAAGUCUGAUCCUGACCACCACCUCUCCCACACUGCCUCGCCCACACUCCCCUCUUCCCCUCCCCGGGCACCUCGGAAGCAGCCCCCUGGACAGCCCGCGAAACUUCUCUCCCAGCAACCCGGCACACUUCUCGUUCGCCUCCUCCAGAAGGUCAGACGGACGCCGAUGGUCUUUAGCAUCUUUGCCUUCCUCUGGAUAUGGAACCAACACUCCGAGCUCAACGUCCUCCAGCUCCUCUCAGGAGCGGCUGCACCAGCUGCCCUUCCAGCCCACCAUGGAUGAGCUCCACUUCUUAUCCAAGCACUUUGGCAGCACCGAGAGCAUCACGGAUGAUGAUGGGGGCCACUGCUCUCCCCACAUGCGGCCGCGCUCCCGCAGUCUCAGCCCAGGACGCUCCUCCUCCUGUUAUGAUAAUGAGAUAGUCAUGAUGAACCAUGUGUACAAAGAGCGCUUUCCAAAGGCCACGGCACAGAUGGAGGGGAGGCUGGCCGAGUUCAUCCAGGCUUUCUCUCCGGAAAACGUUCUUCCGCUGGCCGACGGAGUCCUCAGCUUCAUUCACCACCAGAUAGCGGAGCUGUCCAGAGACUGCCUGGCCAAAUCCCGCGAGGGCCUCAUCACCUCCGUCUACUUCUUUGAGCUGCAGGAGAACCUGGAGAAGCUUCUUCAGGACGCCUUCGAGCGUUCGGAGAGCACCGAGGUGGCCUUCGUCACGGAGCUGGCCAAGAAGCUUCUCAUCGCCAUCUCCCGACCAGCAAGGCUGCUGGAGUGCCUGGAGUUUAAUCCAGAGGAGUUCUACCAUCUGCUGGAGGCGGCAGAGGACUACGCCAAGGAGGGUCACUUGAUGAAGACGGACAUUCCUCGUUACAUCAUCAGCCAGCUGGGACUGACCAGAGAAACGAUUGAAGAGAUGGUAAACCUCGAUAGUUACGACAGCGAGGGACCACUAACACCGGAGACGGACGACUCGACGGAGGGUAAGAUCAGAGCGAUGAAACCACCAGAAGAAGCCGACUUCCAGACCAUCAAGCUGAUCAGCAACGGAGCGUACGGCGCCGUGUACCUGGUGCGACAUCUGGAGACCCGCCAGCGGUUUGCCAUGAAGAAGAUCAACAAGCAGAACCUGAUCCUGAGGAACCAAAUCCAGCAGGCCUUCGUGGAGAGAGACAUCCUCACCUUCGCGGAGAAUCCCUUUGUCGUCUCCAUGUUCUGUUCCUUCGAAACCCGCCGGCACCUCUGCAUGGUCAUGGAGUACGUAGAGGGUGGAGACUGUGCCACUCUGCUGAAGAACAUCGGGGCCCUGCCCGUGGAAAUGGCACGCAUGUACUUCGCGGAGACCAUCCUCGCGCUGGAGUACUUGCACAACUACGGCAUUGUGCACCGCGACCUCAAGCCCGACAACCUCCUCAUUACCUCGAUGGGCCACAUCAAGCUCACAGACUUCGGCCUUUCUAAGAUGGGUCUGAUGAGUCUGACCACCAACUUGUACGAGGGACACAUAGAGAAGGACACUCGGGAGUUUCUGGAUAAACAGGUGUGCGGAACUCCGGAGUACAUCGCCCCCGAGGUCAUUCUGCGCCAAGGUUAUGGGAAGCCAGUGGACUGGUGGGCUAUGGGCAUCAUCCUGUAUGAGUUCCUGGUGGGCUGUGUGCCUUUCUUUGGAGACACUCCGGAGGAGCUGUUCGGGCAGGUCAUUACAGACGACAUAGUGUGGCCAGAAGGGGACGAGGCUCUCCCUGUCGACGCCCAGCACCUGAUCUCCUCCCUUUUGCAGACCAAUCCCCUGGUUCGACUGGGCACAGGUGGUGCUUUUGAAGUGAGGCAGCACUCUUUCUUCACAGAGGUGAACUGGAACAGCCUGCUGAGACAGAAGGCAGAGUUCAUUCCUCACCUCGAGUCUGAGGAAGACACCAGUUAUUUUGACACCCGAUCCGAGCGCUACCAUCACGUGCAGUCAUACGACGAGGACGAUACCAACGACGAUGAGCCCGUGGAGAUGCAUCGCUUCUCGUCCUGCUCCCCUCGCUUCAGCAAGGUGUACAGCAGUAUGGAGCAUCUGUCCCAGCUGGAGCAUAAAGCGCCUGGCGUGACCCUACGGGAGCACAAGGUCCCCAGGGAGGAUCGAGUGGCCAAGAGGGAGAGCCUGGGCAGCCUCACCCUCCGAGACAAGAGCUGGCGGGCUGGAUCGCCUGAAAUGAAGCGCUUAUCCUGCUCCGAGUCCUCCUUCACCGAGAGCGACUACAGCCCACCAUCCGGGGCCCGAAGGCGCUUCUCCGCCCUCAUGGACACGCACCGCCUGUCCUCCCCUCUGGAGGUCGACUCUGAGCUGCCUGUCCCCAGCAGGCAGCCUCCAGUGACGACCAGAGGGACGUCCCUGGAAGGAGCCAUGGGCACCACCCCCUCUCAGGGCGAUCUGAGAACACUCCUUAAGGAUAGCAACGGGCUCACAGCUGGAGAGAAGAUUUUGAGACUGGCCGAUGCACCGUUGCCUCUACCAGGGAGUGCCGCUGUCCUGGGGCUCCCAGACCCACAGGUGCCCCGCGGGGCCGCAACUGACCUGGUGCUGCGGCGGGUCCGCCAUCAGCAGCUCUCGGCAGAGGGAGAGAAGCGUAACGCACGACCAGGGACCAAAGUAAUCAAAUCUGCUUCCGCAACGGCUUUGUCCGUCAUCAUUCCUGCAGUGGAGCAACAUGUUGCAUCCCCGCUGGCGAGCCCCAUGUCUCCUCGCUCCCUCUCGUCCAACCCGUCCUCCCGGGACUCUUCUCCCAGCAGGGACUACUCCCCCAUGGUCAACGUGCUGCAUUCUCCGAUCACCAUCCACCGCUCGGGGAAGAAGUACGGCUUCACUCUCCGAGCCAUCAGAGUCUACAUGGGAGACAGCGAUGUUUACAGCCUGCACCACAUGGUCUGGCAUGUGGAGGAUGGGGGUCCCGCCCAGGAAGCUGGUCUCAGCGCUGGUGACCUCAUCACUCACGUAAACGGGGAAUCAGUCCAUGGUCUGGUCCAUACAGAGGUGGUGGAGCUCAUCCUGAAGAGUGGAAGCAAGGUGACAGUGACAACUACUCCAUUUGAAAACACCUCUAUAAAAGUGGGUCCUGCCCGUAAGUCCAGCUAUAAAUCCAAGAUGGCACGGCGCAGCAAGAGGACAGGAGCCAAGGAGGGACCAGAGAAGAAGAGAAGCUCCCUCUUCAGGAAAAUCACCAAGCAGUCGAACCUGCUCCACACCAGCAGGAGCCUCUCCUCUUUAAACCGCUCCCUUUCAUCUGGAGACAGUCUCCCAGGCUCCCCCACCCACAGCCUCUCCGCCCGUUCGCCCACUCAGACUUACCGCUCCACCCUCACUGAAUCGCCUUACAUGGGCACCUCCUCCCAGAGCAGCUCGCCAGCAUCCAGUACCCCCAACUCCCCCGCGGCCUCCCACCACAUGAGGCCCAGCUCCCUGCACGGCCUGUCUCCCAAACUCCAUCGGCAGUACCGCUCCGCCCGCUGCAAAUCUGCCGGCAACAUCCCCCUUUCCCCCCUGGCUCACACCCCCUCCCCAACCACCUCCUCUCCUCCCCCUCUCUCUGGCCACACGGUGGGGAGCUCCAACACCACGCAGACAUUCCCCGCCAAGCUGCACUCCUCACCACCCGUUGCCCGACCCCGGCCCAAAAGUGCGGAGCCGCCCCGGUCCCCCUUGCUGCAGCGGGUGCAGUCGGCGGAAAAGCUGGGAGCCCCGAUUCUGCCUUCCUCCUCCUCCUCGUCGGCGUCGCCUUCCCCUCUGACUGGCGGGGUGUCGCUACGCAAGCACAGCCUGGAGGUGGCGCACGGGGACUACCGGAGGGAGUCCUUCCACUGCGAGCACAGUCUGCAAAGCCUGCUAGAGAUGGAGGGGGAGAACGGGCCCGCUCCCCCGUCUCCUUCAUCCUCCUCCUCUCCCUCCCCUCCCAUGGGAGGGGAGAUCGGAGGUCUGAAGCCUGCGAGGAGGCUGGGGAGGCAGGAGUCGCCGCUCAGCCGCGACACCCUGCUCCCACCAAGAGAGAAAGCUACACAGACUGCCACCGAGAGCACGACGACCAAAGCCGAGUCCAAGACCAGCGUUGUUGACGCGAGUAAAACCUUGGCUGAGGUUCUGAAGAAUAACGCGGGUGCGGCUGCGGUGAAGUCAAGUCCAGCGCUGGUUUCCACUCAUACGGAGGCCAAGCUGAGUCCAGGGGACAGAGCUCAAAAGGCAGGUACCGCCAAGAUUAAACUUGGCGAGAAGACCUCAACUCCGGGCACAUCGAAGGGCCUGCAACAGCCAGACUUCAAGCAGCAGAGUGAUGGCGGGCCUGCGACCAGAGCUCAGGAGAACACUGAGGAGAAAGUGGGUGCAGACAAAGGGGCCGUGCAGAAGGUAUCGUCUGCAGAGCAGUCCAAGCCGCGCAAAGGCGCAGAGACGGGGGCGAAGGGAGGCAUUGGAGGCAGCGAUGAAGCGGCUGAUUCGACCAAGGUCAAGGGACCGGCACCCCUAAUUUCCACCCAGGUUCAAACCCUCGCUGCGGCUCACGCCAGAUCCAAAACCGAGAAGGUGUCGAACGGUUGCCGCGGGGCCAAGGAGGAGCGGGCGCACCUGGAAGUCCUGGAGGAGAACCCGGCGCCGCCCUGCUCGGGCCGGUCCCGCCCCAUGUCGCCAGGGGACAGAGCCAGCUUCGUCACCCAGCUCACGAGCGUGGCCAAAACGGUGCUCGGGCCCAUGAAGGCGGGGUCGCAAGAGGGCGCCAGGGUGCGGGACGCCUCCAAGCCGGGUGACGAGAAGCGUGGCGGCGUGGUGGGGAAAGCGGAGUUCUUGGCCGGGGGCGGCCGCCGCGGCGGCGCUCAGGCAGCGGCCUCGGCCGGCAGCGGGACGAUGCCAUCUGAUAAAGGAAACGCCCGCGGCUCCAAGCAUCACUCGUGA